AUCAUUUUGAACAAUGACUCAGCUAAAUGCCCCCGCCGUGGUGGGGAGUGAUGUUUGACAAUAAAUGAGGAGGGUGAUUAUUCUUCUUCCCAAGCCACUUUCAUUCAUUCUCUCUGUCCCCGAAUGUCUGCGGGCUUACCGAAGCCCGACAAAGCCUGUGAUUCAGCCUCUACUCGACUUUAGUAUUGAAGUACAGCACUUACGGCUUGAGAUAUCGGACUGCCGCCAUGCCGACUGUUCACCUGCUCGAUUAUGUCGCAGGAAAUGUCCGCUCGUUGGUGAAUGCGAUCAACAAAGUUGGAUUCGAUGUUGAAUGGAUCAAGUCUCCGGCCGAUAUUAAAAAUGCCGAUAGACUCAUGGUGCCCGGUGUUGGCCAUUUCGGCCAUUGCCUCUCUCAGCUUUCCGAAGGUGGCUUCCUGGAACCGAUCAGACAGCAUAUAGAGCUGGGAAAGCCCUUCAUGGGCAUAUGUAAAUUCAACGAUGACAGGAAGAGCGUGCCUCACAUAGGCUGGAACUCUGCUAUGAAUACAACCUCGGAGCGUCAAACUUUCUAUGGGUUGAACCCGAACAGCAAGUAUUACUACGUUCAUUCCUUCGCAGCUCUCUACAAGGCCGGCGUAUUAGAGAACGACGGCUGGUCAGUUGCUACGGCCACGUACGGUGAUGAAGAAUUUAUUGGCGCCAUCGCUCGGGAAAAUAUCUUUGCUACUCAGUUUCAUCCGGAGAAAAGCGGACAAGCUGGACUACGGACUCUCCGUGCGUUCUUGAAUGGUGACAAAUUCCAGCCAAUCGGAACGGAAGGUCUGGAGGCAAGAAAGAGGGAAGACGGGUUGACCCGCAGGAUCAUCGCCUGUCUUGAUGUCCGUACGAAUGAUGCUGGUGAUCUGGUCGUCACGAAAGGUGAUCAAUACGAUGUGCGAGAGAAGGUCGGCGUGGACGCAGGAGGUCAGGUAAGAAAUCUGGGAAAGCCGGUUGACAUGGCAAAGAGGUAUUACGAGCAAGGGGCGGACGAGGUCACCUUCCUCAAUAUCACGUCUUUUCGGAAUUGCCCGCUCGUAGAUACCCCAAUGUUGGAAAUCUUGAGAAGAACAUCGGAGACCGUCUUUGUUCCUCUGACAAUCGGAGGCGGUAUCAAGGACACUAUCGAUCCUGACGGGACUCACAUCUCUGCUCUGGAUGUUGCUACAAUGUAUUUCAAGUCUGGAGCCGAUAAAGUCAGCAUUGGAUCGGAUGCGGUCAUUGCGGCUGAGGAGUACUAUCGUCGCGGCGAAAAGCUCACCGGAAGAACUGCCAUCGAGACAAUUUCGAAGGCUUAUGGAAACCAAGCUGUGGUUGUGAGCGUUGACCCCAAGCGAGUUUAUGUCACAAGCCCGGAUGACACCGAGCACCAUACGAUCAAAACGAAGUACCCGAACGCUAGCGGCCAGAGUUAUUGCUGGUAUCAGUGCACAAUCAAGGGUGGCAGAGAGAGUCGUGAUAUUGACGUCCGACAGCUAGUGAAGGCUGUUGAGGCCAUGGGUGCUGGCGAGAUUCUACUGAAUUGCAUCGACAAGGACGGAAGUAACAGUGGAUUUGACCUGGAGUUGAUCAACGAUGUCAAGGCUGCUAUCAAAAUCCCUGUCAUUGCUUCAAGCGGUGCUGGUGUGCCAAAGCAUUUUGAAGAUGUCUUCCGAUAUACGACCACCGAUGCGGCAUUAGGUGCUGGAAUGUUCCACCGUGGUGAGUCUACUGUUGGACAGGUCAAGGAACACCUUCGGAACGAGGGAUUUCUAGUCCGCAACUUCGAAAGCGACGAGUGAUGGUAUACAGUUUG